CGGCAGCUAAGUAUGCAGAUUUGUAUGUGCAGACGAAAUUUAUUGAAUUCGGUCGGAUCUGCGCUGCCGUUGAUUCUCAAAUUUAUUUGUUCGACCAGUCGUGGCAUGACUGGCGAUUACGCAAACCGAAAAUUUUCAAAAGUUCCACUCGAUCGUCGCGUGUGUUCUGCAAUAUUAUUUGAUUAAUAACAUAAAACGUUUUGUUUAUAAAAUCGGAGUCGCCAAUCUAACGGAAACUAAAAAGAAGACAGUGAAGAUAUGACUAAUCCUGGAAAUUGCGCAGUUUGUGGAGUGGCGGCGUCACAGAAGUGCGGUGGCUGCCGAAAUGUGGUCUAUUGCGGCAAAGAGCACCAGAUCAUACAUUGGAAGAAGGGGCACAAGGCGGAGUGCAAGUGUUAUGAGAUCGCCACAAACGAUAUUCUGGGUCGUCAUUUACGGGCCACGCGUGACAUUAAAAAAGGUGAGAUUUUCUUACGUGAGAAGCCUUUCAUCUAUGGGCCCAAGGUGGCUAGUGCGCCCACAUGUUUGGGUUGUCACCGCUCAUUGCCUAAUCCAGUACCGCCACAAAAGAAUUUCUACAAAUGCAGCCGCUGCUCAUGGCCCUUGUGCGGACCGCAGUGUGAAAAUUCCUCCCAUCACAUUGACGAAUGCGAGCUGAUGUCGGCGCGCAAAUUCAAGGCCAAGAUCGAUUUUGAUCCUACUAAAGAAGGGACAGGUAAAAAGGAGUCUGCCUACUGUGUCAUUCUACCGCUGCGGUGUAUUUUGCUGCGCAAUAAAAAUCCCGAAGCCUUCGCGCGUUUCGCCCAGCUGGAAGAUCAUCUCAAUGAGCGCAUGAAUACGCCGCUCUAUAGGAUACUCAGCGCGAAUUUGUUAACGUUUAUCAAGACGAUCAUGGGUUUCAGCGAGUGGAGUGAUGACGAGGUCUUACGUGUCGCCGCGCGCUUGGACACUAACACUUUUGAGGUGCGUCAAGCGGCAGCAGGGCAGAAACUGCGCGCGAUCUAUACAAACGCGGCGAUGAUCUCGCACGAUUGUGUUUCGAAUGCGCGCCACACCUUCGACGAUCAAAUGCAGAUUCUUUUCAUAGCGAAGCAGAAGAUCGCGAAGGGCGAAAUUAUUGCGACCUCCUAUACGCAACCGCUAAAGUCUACGCUCAUGCGUCGGCAACAUCUCUCGCAGGCGAAGUGCUUCGAGUGCACUUGUGCGCGCUGCAAGGACCCCGAAGAGUUGGGCACAUUCGCGGGCGCCAUCUUAUGCAGUCGAUGCAAAGUCGGCAAGAUAAUAUCCACCGACCCGCUGGACAAUGGCGCUUUGUGGAGGUGUCAGCUCUGCCCACACGAAAUACCUGCCAAACAGAUUAAUUGGGGCAACGGCGCCAUGCUGAAGGAGAUCGAAUCAUUAAACAAAAUGUCACCACGCGCCUUUGAAGAGUUCCUACACCGUUAUCGCGACACAUUGCACGAGAAAAAUACGCAUGUGUUGCAAGUCAAAUACGCACUCACUCAACUGUACGGAAAUGCGCCCGGAUUCCAAAUGCACGAAAUGAAUGAUGCGGCUGUAAAGCGAAAAGUUGAACUAUGCCAGGAGCUCCUGGAAGUGGCGGAAAUACUCGACGGUGGUUGGAGCAUAUUCCGCGGUAACCUCUUGCUCGAUCUGCAGGAAGCGUUAGUGGUGCAAGCAAAACGCGAAUUUGAGAGAGGCUUGCUGACCAAAGCAAAUGUUCAAGAAAAGCUCACCGAAGCAAUGGAGCUACUGAAAGAAGCUGUAGAAAUUAUGAGAUUGGAACCCGAUAUGCAAGAGGCGCUAAAGGAACGCACGCAACAGUUAGCUAAAGAGCUAGAACUUGAUUAAAUGAAUAUAAAAAAUAUUCGGUUUUGAAAGUAAUUUAUUAAUUUUUAGUAAAGAGUUUUAGUAAAAAACUCACUGGUAGUGAAGCUGUAAAUAUUUGGUUGCGGUAGAAAGGGACCCUUACAAAGUAUAAUAAUAUUACUGAAAAAAUUGGUUUACAACGGUAAACGAUAA